UCAAGUACUACACAAGAAGUCAAAGAGGGUUUAGGUCAAUACAAAGGUUCAAAAGACAAAAAGCAAGCUGUUAGAAGAAAGAGCCCUAAUUGUUGGUUUCAGCAUUAUCAACUUGAACGUGUUGUUUGAUUCACAUAGUAUAGUGGUGCAUAUAGAUAAUUUUUCCUGCAUUGAGAAACGACUGAUGAUGGUUUUUGUCUUUUUCUACUCUUUGCUCAGCAUGCUACAUGAACAUAAUUCAUUUUCGAUGGAGUUUGGAUGUCACUGAACCAAAAAAAAAAAAGUAGUAUAUAAGUUUUUGGGUUGCGUGAUUGAAAAAUGUAAACAAAAUUUUUAUUUUUGAAAAAUAUGGAACUAUGUACAGCGUUUUUGUAAAAGUUUGUUUGGCUUUAGAGAAAUGAAGGUUCUUGGAUAUUUCUUCAUUUAUUUAUAAUUUAUUUUUGUUUUUUCCCAAAUAAGAAAUGGUGAGGUUGUGAGGGAGCCUUUUUGACAAGACACUUUUUUAAAGCACUGUUUGGUGAUUUGUGAAAGUUGAAUUCUUUAUUCAGUUGUUGAGGUUAAUUAGGGGAGACUUUGGUUUUGUCUAGGAAAAGUGUGUUCGUAUGUCUAGCAUAUGAUCUUUGAUGAUUCUAGAAAGAGCUUUUUUCAGAUUAUUAUUAGUCAUGCCAACCAGAUAUAGGUCUUCUAGGAUGUCACUUGUAUAAGAAAGUAGAAUCCUUCUGGCAAGUAGGGGGUGUGUCUUUCAUAGAGGCCUUUUGUAUUUUUUUUUUUUUUUUUUAAAGGAAACAAGACUUUUCAUUGAUAAAAUGAAAAGAGACUAAUGCUCAAAAUAUAAAGGGCUUUUGUAUUAAAUUCAAAGAAUGGGAUCGAGCAGUCCUUGAGUGAAUCUCUGUUAUUCCCAACUGUUGAGGCUGGAUUACAAUUUCAUAAUCUUCCUUUGAACUUGUGGAAGGACGUUUUGCAAUCCUUAUGGGGAUGCAUGUGAGGAUUUCAUUUAUUGUACAAUAAAUCCUUGAACUGAACUGAUCUGAAUGUAUGGGAGUUAUUAUCAAAGUUCCAAAAGAUUAUCUUGGGUUUGUGCCAGCAGAAGUCACUUGCUCAUUUUGAUUUUUUUUUAUGUUGCUCAGUCCUUACGAUAAAUUUGGACUUCUAAUGAACUACAAAGCUGAAAUUCAUGAAUGCUUCAUUAAGAUUGUUUUGAGGAAAAUUCUUCCUCUUCGGCUUUGUAUGUUAUCCGGACAGCUUCAACUUCUGGGGAGUAGGGAGUUGUGACAAGAGCUGUGCGACUUAUUAGGCAUUUGUAACAGUCCUGAGUGUAUUAGUGGGCAUUCAAAUGUAGUUAGAUGAGUUUAUUUUAUUUUAUUUUUUGGGUUAUAGUUUUUCUAUUAAGUGGCUUGGAUGGGUUUAUCAAAGCCCUCGGAGUGUGCACUUUUAUUUGUUCUCAUUGGUUUUAUUGUAAGCUUGAGCAUUGUAUGGUUUGUUUUGAUGUUUUUAUUUUAUUGUCUUAUGGUAGAAGGUUUAGAGACUUUUUGGAUAGUUGGCUUUUAGUCGGGUGUCUUCCUUGUAAGUUGCAGCAACUACCAUUGUGACUUUUGAUUUUAUAAAUAAAAAUUUCUUUCUGCUUUCACCUUUUUUUGGUUUAUUUGUUUGUUUAAAAUGGAGUCUUCCUGCUAGCACAGGAUGUGUGAAAAAGUUUAACAAGCUUGUCUCGGAGCUUUCUCAUUGAUAUCAACUACCAUUUUGACUUUUUAUUUUAUCAAUAACAAGUUCUUUCUUCUUUCACCCUUUUUUUUUUGGUUGUUUGUUUAAAAUGGAGUUUUCCUGCUAGCACACCUGUGAAAAAGUUUAACAAGCUUGUCUCGGAGCUCUCCCAUUGAUAUUCCCCUGUCAAAUGGUGGUUCGAUAUGAACGAGCAACUUGUUUUUGUUUUCAUUGAUUGUUUUUUGCAUCGGUGCCCCCCCACCAAAUAUGCUAUCCAGCAAGUUCAAGAAAAUUUUUGGGUCACUUCCCCAUUCUCCUUGAAAGUGCACUUGUAGGGUCUAAUGGCCUUCCACAAAAAAAAAAAAUUCUGGCUUCAUCAUUAUGGUCUUCGCACACUUAUUUGGGGGGGUGGGGAAGGGAUCUUAUUGGGGGGAAGGUUUGAAUCCUUCUGAUAAUUCCUUGAUUUUAGGAGAGUUUGAUAUCCUUUCUCACUUUUUUCACACACCGACUUCUCUUACCGAAAAUAUCUGUUGCCAAAGAAGAAAGACUGGAAAAGUUCAACCAAAAUAUGUUUCCAUGCUUAUCAAGACCUUGUUGAGCGGAUACUAGCCAUUCUUUCUGAUGAACAAGUUUCAAAAAUGUGGGCAAAGAAAAAUGCUGUUGGCAAGGAUCAAGUGGCAAAGCUAGUUGAUGACACCUACAGAAAGAUGCAGGUUUCUUCUGGGGCCACGGAUUUAGCUUCUAAGGGUCAAGGUGUCUCAGACAGCAGUAAUGUGCAGGUAAAAGGUGAAACAGAUGAUUCUUUGCAAUUAGAUACAAAGGUUCGGUGUCUUUGUGGAAAUGGUUUGCAAACAGAAUCGAUGAUUAAGUGUGAGGAUCCACGGUGCCAAGUGUGGCAGCACAUUAGCUGUGUUAUAGUUCCGGAGAAACCUACAGAAGGAAAUCCACCAUAUCCUGAACACUUCUAUUGUGAGAUCUGUCGACUCAAUCGCGCUGACCCUUUUUGGGUUUCAGUUGCACAUCCUCUGUUUCCCGUAAAGCUGAUAACCACAAUGUCCGCAAAUAUUCCAACGGAUGGUACAAAUCCGAUGCAGAGUGUGGAUAGAACGUUUCAACUCACAAGGGCAGAUAAGGACCUACUUUCUAAGCAGGAAUACGAUGUUCAGGCGUGGUGUAUGCUUUUGAAUGAUAAGGUUCCAUUCAGGAUGCAAUGGCCUCAAUAUGCAGAUUUGCAAAUUAAUGGUUUAGCUGUUCGUGCUAUUAAUAGGCCCGGCUCUCAACUUUUGGGGGCUAAUGGUCGUGAUGAUGGCCCAAUUAUCACAGCAUGCACAAAAGAUGGAAUGAAUAAGAUAACAUUAACAGGGUGUGAUGCUAGAUCCUUUUGUUUAGGGGUUCGGAUUGUGAAACGUCGCACUGUUCAACAGAUUCUAAGCAUGAUCCCUAAGGAUUCAGAGGGUGAACGUUUUCAAGAUGCUCUUGCCCGUAUUUGCCGCUGCAUUGGUGGUGGGAGCACGGCAGAUAAUGCUGAUAGUGACAGUGAUUUGGAGGUUGUUGCAGAAUUUUUUGGGGUUAAUCUACGCUGUCCUAUGAGUGGCUCAAGGAUGAAGAUUGCUGGACGAUUUAAACCUUGUGCUCAUAUGGGAUGCUUUGAUCUUGAAGUGUUUGUAGAAUUGAAUCAGCGUUCAAGGAAGUGGCAGUGUCCAAUUUGUCUGAAGAACUAUGCACUGGAGAAUGUUAUUAUAGACCCUUAUUUCAACCGUAUAACAGCUCUGAUGAGACAUUGUGGAGAAGAUGUUACAGAAAUUGAAGUUAAACCUGAUGGUUCCUGGCGUGUGAGGUCAAAAACUGAAAGUGAGCGCAGGGAUCUUGGUGAUCUUUGCAUGUGGCAUUCCCCUGAGGGCAUUGUGUGUGUUUCAAACGAGGAAGUUAAACCAAAGAUGGAAGCAUUGAAGCAGAUAAAGCAGGAAGGUGGAUCAGACCGUGGUCUGAAACUUGGCAUCAGGAAGAAUAGUAAUGGGGUUUGGGAAGUCAGCAGAACUGAAGAUAUCAAUACUUUCACUUCUGGUAGUAGAUUACCAGAUAACUAUGGGAGCCAUGACCAGAAGAUUAUCCCAAUGAGCAGCAGUGCCACCGGCAGUAGGGACGGUGAAGAUCCAAGUGUAAACCAAGAUGGUGGUGUAAACUUUGAUUUCUCUACUAAUAAUGGGAUUGAGUUGGAUUCUCUUUCCUUAAAUGUUGACUCAACGUAUGGACUUACUGAACAAACUCCAAUUGCUCCAGUAGGUGAAGUCAUUGUUCUAAGUGAUUCAGAUGAUGACAAUAACAUUUUAAUUUCACCUGGAACUGUUUAUCCAAGCAACCAUACAGAUGCAGGUGAAGUUCCUUUCUCCAUGCCACCUUCUGGACUCACAGAUGCAUAUCCUGAAGAUCCAACUUUAUUAUCUGCUGGAAAUUCAUGCUUGGGUCUUUUUAACUCCCAUGAUGAUGAAUUUGGCAUGCCUGUUUGGUUACCUCCUGGAACUCAAGGAGGCGCUGGCUUCCAAUUGUUUAGCUCUGAUCCAGAUGUAUCAGAUGCUCUAGUUGACUUGCAGCAUAAUUCCAUUAAUUGUUCCACCAUGAAUGGAUAUGCAGCUACUCAAGAGGCUGCUAUAAGUCCUGCUUCUCUUGUUCCAGGUUCUUCAAUUGGCCGUACUGAUGGUGACAUAAAUGACAGCUUGGUUGAUAAUACCUUAGCUUUUGCCGGUGAUGAUCCAUCUCUUCAAAUAUUUCUUCCUACAAGGCCUUCGGAUGCACCUAUGCAGUCUGAUUUCAGAGAUGAGGCUGAUGUAUCAAAUGGUGUUCAUACUGAAGAUUGGAUCUCUCUCAGGCUUGGGGGUGAUGCCGGUGGUAGCAAUGGGGAGUCCAGGACCUCCAAGGGAUUAAAUUCAAGACAGCAUAUUCCCUCAACAGGAGGGGAAAUCAAUUCAUUGUCUGAUACUGCUUCUCUGCUUCUUGGAAUGAAUGAUGUUAGACAUGACAAAGCAAGUAGGCAAAGAUCAGAUAGUCCUUUCUCCUUCCCUCGCCAGAAACGUUCUGUCCGACCGCGGAUCUGCUUUUCUAUAGACUCCGAGUCAGAGUAGGCUAUGGACUUUUAGGUGACCAAGAAUUGUUGCUGCUCUCAUUUGAAUUUUUUCUGGGGAUAGGCAAGACAAGACCGUAAAUAUUCAUUUUGGUCCAUCUCAUCUUCAAACUUUGAAGUAUGUUCAAUGUUUUUGUGGGUAAGAAAGUUGAUGACACUGAUUGUGCUCAUAAGCGAGCCAUCGUCGUGGAACGAAGCUAGCGGAAGGAAUCUGACCACUCAUUUUGGAAAUAGGUAAGGGAUAUGUCAUACCCUAAUUUCAAUUCUCUUCGCUCCUGAUGCCUAGUCCUAAUUUGAUUUAUGAGAGAGCAGGUUGGUCGGAUGACUUGUGUGCCUCUAGUUCCGGUGCGGUUAAACUGUACAGAGAGAUGUGGUCAUAUGAAAUUUGGUGGCCGUCAUGUAAUACAAAUUUUUUCCUCUGCGAUGAGAGCAAUUAGCUGUAAAUAUCUUUGAUUGAGAUCUAGUUUAUUUAUAGAAAUUAAUUUUACACCAGAAAGAAAAUUUUAAUGUUUAAUUGGCCUAACCUUUCUAGAUUUCCAAAGGGUAAGGUAGUUUAUUGUCAUAUCAAAGCAUUGGUAAUGUAAUGAGUGGUUGCUGCCCCUCUUUCUUUGUUGUUACGUUUUCGAAACCGACAACUCGAAAUACAUUGAUCGUUUCAUUGCCAAUGAAAAUCGUUCAGGAAUUUGUGUAUCU